AUCUAGCCAGCACCUGGCUAGUGCUUGGAAACUCGAAAUGUUCAACAAGAAGCCCCGGAGGAACUUUAGGCAGAGAAAAGGAGACUCCAGUGACGAAGAGGAAGAGCAGCAGAACGGCGGAGAUGAAAAGGAAAGCGAGAAAACAGCAGUUGUGGUAAAUAAGCCGUCCAAAGUGGCCCAUGGCCGCGGCAUCUCUUGCAGCUCUAAGCGGGAAGCGACGCCACCGAAGCCCGACAGCAGUGACGGAGAAGACGGGGAGACGCUGGAGCUGACAGCGGAGGAAGAAGAGACGAGGAAAGACAAAGAUGGGGUUAAGAAGAAGAAAAAAUCAGUCCUCAGUUUUUCAGAGGACAAAGAAGCCCUUGAACCAGAGUUUAGACUGAAGAAGUCAUCUGAUAAAGCUGUGCUGUUCCAAGUUAGGAGGAAAGAGGCUCCACCUGCCAGGACCACCAACAGCACUGCUGAUAGAGGUGUCCCACAAUCUGGUUCUCCUCGACAAGAUUAUGGCAGCCAGGCUUCACCACAUAGUCUUCACCACAGUGAUGAGGAAGAUGAAGAAGAUGGUUCCAGGUCUCCCUCAUCUAGCUCAGAUUCCAGCUACUCUGCUACUAAACCAGCAGUUAUUCCUAAUGCUAAAGAGAUUGAGGCCGCCAGGAGGCAUCGUCGUGCCACUCGAGCCAAGAAAGAGUUCAUCCCCCUAAGUAAAGAUGGUCAGAGCUCCCCUGGUAGCACCCCGGGUCACUAUAGCAGGGAAGACGACGACGACGACGAUGAUGAAAAAUACAGAGUUGACGAUGACGACGAUGAGCCAGACGAUCACGAGAGAAGAAUCGAGUUUGCCCCACGACUAAAAAGCAUCAGAGAGAGGAUUGCCGAGAAACUUGGAGGAAGUGAUGGCAGUCUGUCAGGAUCUGAUGAGGAUGAGCAGGAACUUUGGGAGGAGACACAAAUUGGGAAGGGUGUCAAGAGACGGCCAGGCGAACAGAGCCCAUCUGGCAGUGAAUCCAGCAACUACAGCAGCAGUAGUUACAGGCAAGAGAGACGAAGACAAAAGAAGAAAUCAGCAGGGGUCAGGAUCCCAGAGCUUCCAACUGUCACUGUCUCAAUGGUAAAGAGGAGGAUCAAUGGAAAACUGGACUCCCUGAAGGAGGUGCACAGAGCGCGGCGAGCUGAGCUGAGUAGGAUGGAGGGUGAUGUUGAGAACGCAAGAUCCUCUGCAGAGAUUCUGGAGGAAACUUCCUCAGAAAGCCAGCUCAGGUUUUACAGGGCCAUGAACCUCUAUGCCCACAACUUGGUGGAGUGUCUACGGGAGAAGGUUGUUGAGAUCAACUCAUUGGAACUGGAACUGCACACUCUGCUGUCUGACCAGAUGGAGGCGCUGUUUGCUCAGAGACAGCAGAAGAUCAAGGAACAGGCUGAGUACCUGCAGCAGCUCAGCUACCGUACAGAUGAGCAGAGAGGAAGCUCUACCAGUGACACGGAGACUCAAGGCAAGACAGGCAUUGGUGUUAAAACUGAGGAAGACUUACCUGAAGACACACAGCCUUCAGCAGAGGAGGAAGAACAGCUGCAGAAGCAGAGAGCUGACAUCCUGUUGAGGUCCCAGGCAGUGUUUUCUGAUGUUCAGGACGAGUUCUGCGUCGUGAAAAAGAUUCUGUCUCGCUUUGAAGAAUGGAGAGGAUUCUACUCUGACUCUUACCACAAUGCCUACAUUGCUCUGUGUCUGCCCAAGUUGCUGAACCCCAUCAUAAGACAUCAGCUGCUGGGAUGGAACCCUCUAAAGGAUGCUAGUGGAGACUUUGAAAAUCUCCCAUGGUUCACAGCAGUGGAGACCUUUUGUCAUGGCCAUGGCCAUGAGGAGCUAGAGCACACAGACAGACAGACGCUGUCUAAUGUCAUAGAAAAGACUGUCCUAUCCAAAAUAACAGCCUUUGUGGAGCUGGUGUGGGAUCCCAUGUCCCUCCGUCAGUCAGUCUGUCUAACUGAUGUUUGUCACAGACUCAAGGAAGACUAUUCAAUCUUUGAAAAAGAGCAGAGCAAACCAGUGAAGGCACUCAUAGAGGCUGUGGUUGGCCGACUGAGGAAGUGCGUAGAUGAAGAGGUCUUCAUCCCCCUAUACCCCAAAAAGUUCCUAGAAGACAGGUCGUCCCCUCAGAGUUGCUUCAGGAACCAACAGUUCUGGACAGCCAUAAAACUUCUAGGUAACAUGGGGAAAUGGGAUUUGCUGCUUCCUGAGUCUGUUUUGAAGGAGCUGAUGUUGGACAAACUGCUGAACCGAUACCUGAUGAUCACCCUGUGCAGUCAAACACUGUCCAGUGAUGUUAAUGCAUGCAAAAAGAUAGCAGAUAGUCUGCCGCUCUCAUGGUUGACGGGAGCGAAUGUCUGUUUGCCUCAACUCCAGUCAGUCAGAAACCACCUAGUUGAAAAAGUCCACAAGAUCUGCAAACAGCAGCCUCCUGAUGAUCCAAACACAAGGUCUGCUGUGGUUGAAGUGUUGCAGGUUCUGAGUAGAAUCAGGUGCCAUGACUCUAUCAUGGCUAUAGCAGAGAAAUACCACUACGAAGAUGCCAUCUACUCUCACCAGCUGCUGAAUCAAGAAACAGUAUGAACAACAAACGCUGUGGACAGGAAGAGGGAUCAAACAGCAAACACAGUACACUCUCAGAGAUGAACUGGAAGGAAUGGUCGUCUAGUUCUGGGUUUUCAGUUUGCCCGGUGCAUUGGGUGCAGAGUAACAACAUUCACUGGUUAAUGAAAAACAUUUGUCCUUUGCCCCGCUUCAAUAUUUUCAAUUGCUGAAAUUAAUUCCAUGGGGGACAGAAAAUGCACACUCUCAGGUCAGAGAUGAAGUGAAACUAACGACAGAAUAAAAACAUUGCAUUCUAUAAUGCAGACUGUUUUCAUAUCGAAUACUGCAUGUGAGUUACAGCUACUGUAAUAUGACAACAAAUCACCUCUAGAUUAUUACCAGCAAACUGCCAACAGAAGUUGUGUGUGUAUGAGAGAGGGGUUAAAGAAGUGACAUCUGGGAUCAUGUUUUAGCCAUAAACAAUUGGUGUCUUUUUGUACAGGAGAUAAAUGUGUUUUUAUGAAUAAAUAUUUGAAUUUCAUAAAUA